GAGUGUCUGCGACCCUUCGGGGCCGAGCGAAGCCCCGGGGGCGGGUCGUGAACACAACGCCGGUCCCAGGGAACCAGACAGAGCCCUCCCCAAAGCACCGGAUGUGGCUGUUGACAGACAUAGUGUGAACCAAGCGGGGACCUCGCGGUACCCCACCCGCUCUGCAGCUGAGAUGUAUUUAGGGGAAGUGGACGACGGUGGUUUCCUUGAUGAGCCACAGACAUUUCUUCCAGUCCUCUCGAAACGCUGCCCGGUGUUCCAUUUGCAGGAGAUGAGCCACCGAGUUCAGGGCACCUGUGCUCAGCUCCACCCUCCCCCUCAAGGCACCUUACAAGUUGUCCGUGGAGAUGGCACCUCCCUGGGGACUGUGCUCAUAUUCCGCUGCCCCUCUGGCCACCAGAUGGUGGGGUCUGGUCUCCUCACUUGCGCCUGGAAUGGGAGCACUGCUGACUGGUCUUCGGGAAGCCCCGUGUGCAAAGUUGUGCCGCCUCACGAGACCUUCGGCUUCAAGGUGGCAGUGAUUGCCUCCAUCGUGAGCUGUGCCAUCAUCCUGCUCAUGUCCAUGGCCUUCCUCACCUGCUGCCUCCUCAAGUGCGUGCAGAAGAAUGAACAGCGGCGCGCUGACAGGACAGCACAGCUGUGGUACCAGCUGAGAGGCGAGGACCUGGAGACGGUACAGGCUGCCUACUUGGGCCUCAAGGGACACAACUACAAUAACAGCAGCAGCGUCGGUGGUGGUGGUGGCGGCGGCGGCGGCGGUGGCAGCAGCAGCGGCUCCGGUGGUGGUGGUGGUGGUGGUGGCAAGCCAGGGAUUCAACACAGCCAGGCCCAUGACAACCACAGCUUCACCACAGACCCCAAUGACAUCAGAGAGCAGUCUUGUGUGGCCCGCAGUGUGGACAAAGACCCUUGGACUUUCAGGAUGGGAACUCCGGGCCCCGGUGGCUCCUCCAACUUUCCAUGCACCUACAUGAUGGUCCACCCAAUGAACUCUGCGGGGCUGGCCCCUGGAAAUCCCACAAGGCCCAAAGUGUACCUUCCAGGGUGACCCCACUAGCCAGAGGCCUGCAACUCAACAUUUGCCCAGCUUGAUAUGGGUCAGGGCAAUCACCUCCAGGUAUAGGGGGCCGUUGGGAGCCUAGCUGACAUUGAAGGCUGGGGCCCAGCGGGGAACAGUCUCUCCUGGAGGAGACCCCUGUGGCUGUUACAGGACCUGCUCAUUGAACUGCUACUGGGGUGAGAUCCCAAAGAAGUCACCACAUCCAGGGUUCUUUUAGAGAGAUUGAGACAUUUUAAACAGACAUAGUUUUGCAUAGUAGAAUAUGAGAAUAUUAAUAAAGUACUUUCAGCAA